AUGGUGAGCAUCGGCACUUGCACGACGAUUACAUGGCAAGCUCGUGAGGUCGUGGUGCCCAACGAUUUGAUCGUCGAGAUUUCCGGUGUCAAGUACCUGAAGAUCCAGCCCUCGAACAGGGUUUGCAAAGAGGGCAGGGAGGAGGCAAUCCAGAACUUCUUGAAAAGCGAGGGCAAGGGAUCGGGGGCGGAAUCGAAGAAGAAAAAACAGAAAGUGCAGCCGAAUGUUGAAUAUGUGAUGGUGGACGGCAUUCAGAUCGGGGUUCAAGCCAAGCACAAGUCCACCAUGGAUUUGUUGAUCCUGUUGGAGUCAGAGAGCUUGGAAAUGGUUUUCGCCAAGAUCACUGAGGAUGCGGAUCCCGACGAGAGGCGGGUUUACCGGAGACGUAGAGCUGGACGGCAAUGUUCCUCUGAAGAGAAGGAGGAGGAUUCUCAUUGA